UAAGUGCAUUUUUACAUUUGUAGACGUCCAUGUAUUUACUUCCCAAAUCAAGAUAUAGAACUUUUCCAUCCAGCAGCGUGUUUUUUAAAUUUGAUACAAACUCCUUUUCCCAUAGUUAAAAGCCAUAUUUUAUUAAAGCAUAGACAGAAGGUGGUGGCCCCAUUAUUCUUAGUGGAUGUGAUGACGUUAUUAAUAUUCUUGGGUUGGAGCCUUUCUGGAGUUAUGAGUCCUGGGCUCGGGCUCUGCCACCACCUGGCUGUGACCCUGGGCAGGUCACCUUGCCUCACCUCCAUCUCCUUCUCUGGUAAUUAUGAAGAGGAGUUUUGAGCUUUGACAACCAGUGAGUCAAAGCUACUUAGUUAGGCUCUUAGUAGUAUAACAACCCUGCCGUUCGUUAGAACCUCACCUUCAGGAGGGUACUGUACCAUGCACACCAUGUGUUGUUUCAUUUAACAACUCUGUGUGACUGGCAUUAAGUAAUACCAUUUUAUAGAUAAGGGACUGAAGCUGACAGCCGUCACUCAUCUGCCUUGGCCAAGGUCACUCAACUAAUAAAUGGUGGAGCCAGGCUUUAACCAAACCCAGUUCAGCCUCCCACGUCCUGACUGCUAGUUGUGCUAGGAAGGAGCGUGGGGACCUCAUGGGGCUCUUGGCUUGUGUUGCGUCAGAUUCUUCUUUCCUCUGUCUCUGCAACCAGCUCGAGGCCUGCGUAGUCCUGCUGUGAGUCUGCCCUGUGGUCCUGGGUGCCAGUAGUGGUGGUUUUCCCUUUGAGGAUGAGCUGUGUUCUUGAGUCUACGGGUAAAUCAUCUCCCCUGCUGUUCUGAGCGUUUUAAUGUCUUCUACCUUAGCUUUUGAACCUAAUUACCUCUCCCGUGUCCCCUGAUUUUUUCAUUUAUUCUCUUUAAGGUGACAGGUUGCUUCUGAUGUCCUCUUGCCCAACUCUCAAGGUGUUAAAUAUUCAGGAAUGCUUUUAUCCAGAGUAAAGUGUAGCUGAAGAGUCACCGGCCAGAACCGCCUCCAGGGGCCCUGGGCGGGCUAGCUGGGUUCUCUGCACCACGCCCUCCCCACUCCUCUCCCUGUCCUGGUCCCAGGGGGCCCCAGGCUAACCUUGAGUGAGCAAGUCUAGAGCAGACCAGCCUCUGGCCAAAACAAAAUCUGGUUGGUUUCCUUAAUCUGCUCACUAUCCGAGCUGUGCCGGGACUCUCAGCUAGAGGAAGUCUCCGAAGCAAACAGGAAGCAGGAGAGAGACACCCACCAGCUGGAAUUGCUCACUCUUUACCAGAAGGACAAAGAGUAUGAAGUGGGUGACUUCAUGGAUUAGAGAAGAGAAAGUUGGAGGCCCCUCCCCACUAAGUGCCUCUUUGCACAGCACUGGCCCCCGCCCCCACGCUCACCGGCACCACUGCAGCGGGACGGGCCAUGGCGGGUCGGGGAGGUGCAGCACGACCCAACGGACCAGCUGCUGGGAACAAGAUCUGUCAGUUUAAGCUGGUCCUGCUGGGGGAGUCCGCAGUGGGCAAAUCCAGCCUCGUCCUCCGCUUUGUCAAGGGUCAAUUCCACGAGUACCAGGAGAGCACAAUUGGAGCCGCCUUCCUCACACAGACCGUCUGCUUGGACGACACAACAGUCAAGUUUGAGAUCUGGGACACAGCUGGACAGGAGCGGUAUCACAGCCUGGCCCCCAUGUACUAUCGGGGGGCCCAGGCUGCCAUCGUGGUCUACGACAUCACCAACACAGAUACGUUUGCACGGGCCAAGAACUGGGUGAAGGAGUUGCAGAGGCAGGCCAGCCCCAACAUCGUCAUCGCGCUCGCGGGCAACAAGGCUGACCUGGCCAGCAAGAGAGCCGUGGAGUUCCAGGAAGCACAAGCCUACGCAGAGGACAACAGCUUGCUGUUUAUGGAGACGUCAGCAAAGACUGCGAUGAACGUGAAUGAAAUUUUCAUGGCAAUAGCUAAGAAGCUUCCCAAGAACGAGCCCCAGAAUACAGCUUGUGCUCCGGGCCGGAACCGAGGAGUGGACCUCCAGGAGAACAACCCUGCCAGCCGGAGCCAGUGCUGCAGCAACUGAGCCCCCCUUACCUGCCCACUGCCCCCACCUCCUCCGCCUCAACGACCCGACUGGAAUCCACUCUAACCAAUCGCACUUACCGACUCGGGCCACCACUGGGGGGCAGGGGGAGGGGCCCACCAUGGUUUCUCCAUAUCAUUUUGAUCAUAGGCCGGAGUGAGUUAUUCCACCUGCACCUUUCUGUACAAAUACUAAUUCAAUUUUAAGUCUUAAGUCACUUUUUUAAUAUAUAUGAUCUGCUCUUCCCACUUCUGCCCUUUCUACUGCUCUCCCACUCUUCCUUUGCUGGUAGUAGCCACGUGCCCCUGUUCCCCCCACCCUGGUGUAUGGGGAGGCGGGGGUUGGAGCAGUUACCCUUCUUUCCCUCUUGCUGAUCAGCGGGCUCAGCAAGAGCAUCCAUAUCCUUAACUGUGUUUGGAGUGCGCUUCGUUCUGGGUGACGGGGCAGGCCCUAGGGGCCAGGGAAGGGGGAGGCAGCUCUUCCCUCAGCUGGCUGUCAUCAGGCUGCAGCGUCCCCUCCCCACCCCCUGACUCACAGCUGGGAGAGAACCCACAGCAUUACCACAGCAUUAUUGUGACAGCCACGAACCCGUUGCCCACAGCCCCCUUCCCCCUCGUCCUCGGUCACCCUGACCUCUGGCUCUGAGCCCUGUUCUGACCAAAUCACGAUGAUGAGUAUUUGGGGGGGGGUAAGGGGGGGUAGUGGGAGGGGAUGGAACCAACUUUUUCUGUAUUUUGUAUUGUAUGUUUUCUUCAACAUGUAACCAAUCAGUAUCUUGUCAAUAUAGUCAGCCGAUCGAUCGAC